AGUAAAACGUUUUCAGGUCAUUCGAUUGAGUGGUAGACUGUCAUCUGGCGCUCUUUUUGUGCCAGGAAUUGUCAUCAUUAUUAUUUAAACAAUAGAACGAAAAAAAGAAAAAUUGUGCAAAGAGCCUGAGGAUUUGGUCAACACCAUCAAAGCUAUCAAUUGAAACUGAAUGUGCUAAAAUUGCACAGCAAUUAAGUUUUGGUUUUUCCUUUGUUGAGUUUAAUUAAACAACUUUUGAAUAUGAUUGUACUCACGUUUAUAAUAUCAGCCCUCGUUGCUGUUAACGUCCAGGCCCUCAGCAUCAUCACACGGGACCAAGUUAAGGAUUACUGUGACAGUGAAAUCUAUUGCCAGGGAGAGUUAUUGAAGACAGUCCAGCUGGCUGAAAUUUUUCCUGAUAGCAAGACCUUCGUUGAUCUUUAUCAAUUACAUGAUCCAACCGUGACCUUGGCCAAUUUCCAAAAGUUGAUGAGUGACACUGGUGGAAAACCAAACAAAACUCAAGUUGCUCAAUUUGUGGCGGAAAACUUUCAUUCAAGUAUCGACGUGUUGCCUUGGUCACCUCCUGAUUGGCAACCAGACCCUGCAAUACUCAAGAGUAUUCAAGACCCAAAUUUUCGAGAGUGGGCGAGACAAUUGAACCAUAUUUGGAAGAAUCUUUCACGGCAAAUGUCGCCAGAGAUAUUGUCAAACCCUCAAAGAUAUAGUGCUAUACCAUUAGAAAAUGGCUUCGUUGUACCUGGUGGACGCUUUCAAGAAACCUAUUACUGGGAUAGUUAUUGGGUAAUCGAAGGUCUUCUACUUUGUGGAAUGAACGAAACAGCAAAAGGAAUAAUUUUAAAUUUCCUUUCGAUGGUAAAUAGAUUCGGUUUUAUUCCAAAUGGUGGUAGAAUCUACUAUUUGAUGAGAAGUCAACCCCCUCUACUCAUUCCUAUGGUCGAAAGAUAUGUUGCAACAACUGGUGACAUAAAGUUCCUGGAAGAAAACAUACUAACUUUGGAGAAAGAGUUUGCCUACUUUCAACGUGAAAAAAGUGUAAAUGUUGUAAAAAAUGGUGUAACAUACAAGAUGGCACGGUAUAUUGUCAACAGCGAUGGACCACGCCCGGAAAGUUAUCGGGAAGACUACAAAGAGGCUCAAGCCUUCGAGACUGAUGAAAGAAAACGUAUUUUUUACGAAGACAUAAAAGCUGGUGCUGAAAGUGGUUGGGAUUUUUCGUCACGUUGGUUCAUCCCUGACAAGCCUGUCAUGGGGAAUCUCUCUGACAUUUCAACAAGAAAUAUUAUUCCUGUCGAUCUUAAUGCUUUCCUUCAGCGUAAUGCUCGUCUUCUGAGUCAGUUUAAUACACUCCUAGGAAACGGAGCGAAAGCAAAGAAGUACAAGGACAUUGCGAAUGACUAUCAGACUGCUAUUGAUGCGGUUCUUUGGAGCGACGAACUGGGCAUUUGGCUCGAUUAUGAUAUCAAAAAUGAACGACCAAGGAAAUUUUUUUAUCCUUCCAAUCUCACGCCACUCUAUACUAAAAGCUUUAAUAUGAAGAACGCAUCAUUCUACGGUCAAAAAGCUGUUGAUUAUCUUACUGCCGAAGGCAUCAAUACAUUUAUGGGUGGAACCCCAAUGUCUUUGAGUCAAACUGGAGAACAGUGGGACUUUCCUAAUGCAUGGCCACCUCUACAAUCAAUCAUGGUCCAAGGACUCCGGAACACGGGUGCCCAAUCAGCCCUUGUAAUGGCUGAAGAACUCGCAACUCGAUGGCUAAGAGCGAAUUAUUUGGGCUUCGCUGAGUAUGGCAUGAUGUUUGAAAAGUACAAUUCUCUACAACCAGGAGAAUAUGGAGGUGGAGGUGAAUAUAAUGUACAAGCUGGAUUCGGAUGGACAAAUGGUGUUGUACUUGAAUUUUUAAAUUUAUAUCCUGGUACAAAAUCCAGUGAUAGCAGUGAUAGCAUUAGCAGAGUUUCACCAGAAUCCUGAAUAAAAUAGUACUUUCAGGUGAAUUCUUCGGAAAUGCCAGCAAAAAAAUUCAUUUCCGAUAGCUGAAUGACUAAGAAUUAGAGUCACUUAUGACUCUGAAGCUUUAAAUUUUAUAAUUUUAUUUAAAGAGUAAAUACUAAAUUAAGAUAUAUAUUUCCAAAGAAAAUUUUUUAUAACUAUUUAGGAAUAAUUUUAAAAUUUAUAAUAAAAUUUAAGAGAAAACUGAUGUUCAUAAUGAAAGCAGUAUUUUGUGGUGUAUAAAUCUUUUUAUAAAAAUUUAUCAACUAACUAUGGAUGUAAAUAUGUAUUAUGAAAAAGUAAAAAGAUGCAUUUUAUUUUUAAAAGAAGAAAAAGAGAUAAUGAAAUGAAUAUUUUAUUCUACGGCUGUGCUCACAUAAAAAAUU